CACAGACUAUUCAUUCUUUUUUAUAAGCGGACGAUUUGAAAACAACCGAUGUAAACAAAAUUGUAAUCAUGGAAGACACAUUGUUAGAAAGAGAAGCGAACCAGCUGAAGAUGGAGUUGGACCACAAGAAUAAUGACUUGGUUCUGGCGGCCGAGAUCGGCAAGAAACUACUCGAACAAAAUCAAGAUCUUGAAGAUAGAUUGGAGCAGCUGGCGUAUGAUCACACCAAGCGACUUGAGCAACUAGAGCAGGAUAAAUACAGCCUGCAGAUGAAACUCAACGCUAAGGACAAGUUGGAACAAUCCCAAGUCGCUGAGAUUGAGAGUCUGCGAGAGUCUCUGCAGAACGAGCGAGACUCGGCGAGGAGUGCCGAGAGGAUGGGGAUGACUCACAGUAAAGAAAUCCAGAAGAUGACGGAAAAGACAGAAGAGUUACAUAUUGCGCAGGAGCGGGCAGCUAUGAUAGAAGAACAGCUGCGUAACAAGGUUGUACAACAGGAUGAUUUGUUGAAAGACGCUCACAACAAACUGAGCUCUCUUGAGGUGGCCCCUGAUAAGAACGAUGAGCAACUCUACAGUCUUCAACAUGACCUGGCUACGAGCAAAUCUGAGAAGGAUGUGAUUGUCUUGGAAUUGGAGGACUCAAAGCACAAGUGUCAACAGCUCAUGUUUACAAUCGACGUCCAGAAACAGCGAUUGCAGACCCUUGGGAACGAGGUUGAAGAGAAAGAACAACAGAUUACUGGCUACUACAACAUGCUGGAGAAAACUCAAGAGGAAGUAGUUGAACUCCGGCUUGAACUCGAUGCUGCCAAAAUGGAAGAAACGGACAUCAACAAGCGAGGAAACUCCCUUUUUGCUGAGGUUGAGGAUCGACGUAAGGAGAUCGAGAAUAAGAUGAUUUCUCUGAAGGUGCAGAGUGAGUCUUUCAAGGAGCAACUCAACAUGAAGAAACAACAGGUCCAUAAGAUGAGAUUUCAGAUUGCAGCGUUAUUACAGAUGGGUGGUGGGAGGGCCGCCUCCUCCCAGAGGGAACGCUUGGAGCAGAGUCUUGAACAGAGCCGGUCCGAGGUUCACAUGCUGACCGAGAAGAUCAAAAGACUGGAGAAAUCAAAGACAAGUGAUGGAAUGGAACAUCAGUUACAAGAAUACAAGAAACUCCUUAGCGAGUCAGAAAAACCAGAUCUGGUGGAGUUUUUACAACACAAACUCAGAACGGCAAAAUCCGAUAUUGAGAAUUUGAGAAAAGAGCUUGAGACACAACAACUGCUUCAAAUCUCCGCGAGUGACAAACUCAUGGAUUGUGAGCGACGACUUUAUAAUGCUGAGACGGAGACGGAUCGAACCAGGGCAGUCAACAUGAAGCUCAUGGUCACUAUAGAUGAUCUUAAACUCAAGAUUAACGGCAAAGGUGAGGCUGGAUCCACAAAAACAAAGAUUUCCACCGGGUAUCGUGAGAAAAUCAGCUUGAAGAAAGCCACCAAUAAAGAGAACGUAUCAGAUAGUUCACCUCCAAAAGGUCAGGAAGGGGUCAACAAGAGUUCAAGUCCAUCCCAAGAAAUACCCUCAGACGAGAUGGUUUCCCCAGAAAAGAAGCCAGCAAUCACUAGUGAUGUCACACUCGCAUCGACCAAUCAAAAACAGGAUACUAUUGGACAUGAGGGUUACAUCCUGAAACCGGCUAAUCAGAACCAGGAUAUGAUGCUGAGCAGGCCUGUCAAGAAACAGUCCAAGAAGUCCGUCUCCAUGUGCGAGACUGUAUCAGUGCUAGCUGCUGGUACUUCAGACGCCACAUCAGAGAGCCUCAAAUCAGGCGAUGAUGCCUCGACAGGAGGAGGCAAACGAAGCAGACAUGUUGAGUCACUCUCAGAGGAGAAUGAGGACCCAGAGAUGAGGCAGACGGCAGGAGGGUCUCGAGGCUCAAGACAUGGGGGUAAAAAACACCACAAAGUUGUUCACAUGAAGAGUAACAAUGCAGCUGAGUGUAAUCAACAGUAGGG